AGGCGACGGCGACCGCGACGCAGCUGCUCUGGCGCUGGCAUCCAGCCUCCGGAGCGCCCGCCCGGCUCCUGGGCGGCUCCAGCGCUGCUCAGUAGCCCCGUCCCGGGCCGAGCCCGCCCGCUCCGCCCAGGCGGCAGCUCCCCGAGGCGGGCGGGCGCUCUCCGAAGUGCUGCUCGGCGCUCGGUGCCUGGCCCGGCAGGAGGCUCCGCUCCCCCCGCCCCGGGGCCUCCCCAGCCGGGGCUCGCGCGGCUGAAGGCGGCGGCAGAAGGUACCAAAGCAUAGGUUUUCCCACUGAGGAAAAUCAAGAGCAGAGAGAACUAGCCAGGAUGAAUUUCCUCCUUCUGGCCCUUGUGUUCCUGCUGCAAGGGAUCAACAGAAGCAGGAGCCAAGAUGAGGAUUUCCAAUUCUGUGCCGAAAGAAAUCAAACACAGAGAAGUUAUCUUGUUGGCGAGUUUCACAAAGAGAACAUCACCAUUGACAACAGCGCUGACAAACUGAUGAUAAAAGCACCAUUUAUACCAGGCAACACCAAUGAAUCUUUGCCAGACCAUUUGGGAAUUUAUCAUUUCUGCCUCUAUGUGUAUCAAAGAAGUGGAUUUUUCAACAUCACAUAUGGAAAAAGCAAUUAUACACUGAGCAGAAAUGUAAACUCUUCCCUCCACUCUCUAAGAGCAGACCCUCCAAGGAACUCAUCUCUCAUUCCCAUGCUGUUCAAUGUGUCCUACACCUAUGAAAAGGGUCAAAAGAAUGCUCUUAGCAGUGCAGUUAAUUACUCUUUCUCCUUCAAAGGUCGUGAAAAUACAGACCAAGGUGUUCAAGUACAUGACAUUGAACAUGAAUUAAGUAACUUAGCAAAAUUCAUGAAGACUCCUACUAUGCCCAGUGGAAGAACUGGCAGCUCCAGAUCACAAUAUAAGAAACUUCUUCAUUUGGAAGGGAAGCUAGAAAAAGUACAGUUUGAAGGAGAGAGUAAGGCUUUCAAGGAGACAACAAUAUCUGCAACUGUUUGGAAGAUAGGACCCAACAAGGCUUCUCAGAAUCUUUCCUUCACAUCUGAAUGGGAGACAGGUAAAAAGGUUCAUAGAUUUGAAAUGAAUAUGCCCAGUGUUGUCUUUGCAAAAGCCAAGGGCAGAGGAAAGGCUGCUGAGACCAGAGUGCUCCUAGUGGAAAUCAACAGCCAGUCCCUUUUCCAGGACCAGAACAACAGCCAUGUCCUCGGUGAAAAGGUGAUUGGCAUCUCCGUGGCAAACACUGUGGUUUCGCACCUCCCACAGAAUCUGGUCCUCACAUUCUUCCAUGACCAGCUCCUGAGGAAUGAGACCCCACAGUGCGUGUUCUGGGAUGUGAACACCAACGAUGGCUCUGGCAGUUGGAGUGACAUUGGCUGUACCACAGAGAAGGGUAAUGAACAGACAACCUGCCACUGCAAUCACCUCACCUAUUUUGCUGUACUGAUGGUGUCCUCUCCAGAGAUAGACUAUAUCCACCAGCAGUACCUGACUAUUAUCACCUACAUUGGCUGCAUUAUCUCUGCUGUGGCUUCAGUCUUCACCAUCUUCUUCCUGCACUCCAGGAAGAAGCAUAGAGACCAUGCUGUAAACAUAAGCAUCCACAUAAACUUGCUCUCAGCCAUCUUCCUUCUGGACGUGAGCUUCCUCAUCAACAAACACUUGGAUUCCAUGCACAGUGAGGCAGCCUGCAAAACUGGUGCCAUUUUCCUCCACUUCUCCCUGCUGAGCUGCCUGACAUGGAUGGGUAUUGAGGGCUACAAUCUCUACAGGCUUGUGGUUGAGGUCUUCAAUUCCUAUUUUGAGCAUUUCAUCCUCAAGCUCUGUCUGGUAGGCUGGGGACUUCCUACUUUUCUUGUGGCUGUGAUCUUCCUGACUGAUCGGACAAAUUACGGAUCAUUCCAGAUUGCAGUAUUUGAAUCUUUGGACAGAUCUACCAAUGAAACCAUCUGCUGGAUCACAAAACCCUUGAUCCACAACAUGGUGAACCUUGGCUUUCUCAGCCUGGUAUUCCUGUUCAACUCAGUCAUGCUUGCAGCCAUGAUACGGGAGAUCCUCAGACAGAACAAGAGGGGCCACGCAUGUAAGCAUGCCCUGGCACUCCUCGGUUUGAGCUUCGUGCUGGGUCUCCCAUGGGCACUGGCCUUUUUCUCCUUUUCCUCUGGAACAUUCCAGCUUGUCACGAACUACCUCUUCACCAUCAUCAACUCCCUCCAAGGCUUCUUCAUUUUCCUUUGGUACUGGACAAUGGUGCUGCAGGCCAGAAAGUCACCCCAUUCCCAGAGCAGCUCUGACAGCGUGAAACUGCAGCCCAACACCAGCCAGACGAGUCCUGACUGAGUCAUCACUUUCCCCACCUAGAACUGCUUCUGCCCAGAGGGAUCACGAAUGAGGAAUCAGCCCCCAAGAGAGGGGAGGAAAAUGGCCAAGAGAGUGGAGGAGGCAUGAAUUUCUCCAAAGUUACUGCCUGGGUUCUUGUGUCCACAUAUGGCCAUUAGGAAUGUACAGAAAACCUACUCCACCCCACACAUACCAAGUGGGGGAGUUGAACUGUAUGAAGUCCACCACUAGCCAAAGGACUCAGUUUCUCUAUGUGCACUCCAUUUUCCUUACAGGGAUCCCUCUCUCUGGCUCUCAGCUGCAUUAAACCCCUUUGUUGUUGCACACACCCUUGCCCCUUUGCUCUCAGUUAAAGCACCAAUUCAUUGUAAAUGUUGCCAGAAAAAACAGGGAACUUUAAGCAGAGUGGGGCUACAGCUUCUUCUGACUGGAGAUUAGGGCUGUAUUCUGUUUCAUGCCCUUUUUGCUGCUUUAUGUCAAAGCCGAAGGGAAAAGCUGGAGGAAGAGUGCCUGGUAUCUGUCUGUCGCAGGGCUCCAGUCAUGAAAGACAGUAGCCAAGUGAAACUGCAAGGACAAAGGAGAGAGGAAGCAGAACUCAAAUGUAAAGACAUUAUCUCCUGUCACUUACAAUUCCUUCAGGUCAGCCCAAAACUGGGGAGCUGAUCAUUUCAGAUUAUAGAUACAUAUAUCACUGGGAAAGGUAGACAGACCUGCAGGAGGGUCAGAGACUCCAUACACUUCCUUUCUAACAUGUGUGGGAUGCUGGGAAGAGUGAUACAUGGGCCUCAGUCCCUAGGCAUUGGCGCUCAAGGGCAACUCAGCACCCAGUCUUCUAGGCUAAGUACAGACAGUCAAAAAACCCCAGGCUGAAUUGAUUCAGUCCUUGCAGGUUAGUCGAAACUGCAGAGACUAAAGUGAGAAACAACUGAACAGACACUCAUUUUUGAUUCAUGAUAUGCAGCCACAUCCCUGCAGUGGCUCAGGCCAGAAGCUGGUAGAGCACGGCUCUCUGGCACAUAGCCAGCAUGGGCUGUAUGUUUGCUUCUGUUUCCUGCUGCCCCCAAGGUCUCUAAGACUUACAGCCCAGAAUGACAGGAGCAGGACUCUGCAGGGUUGGUCAUCACUUUCUCUUCCUGCUUAGAGGUGCCUCUGAGAUUUGUAGUCCACAGUUGCAGCCAGCAGUAGGCUUUAACAGGUCAAGGCAGCUUUGUACUUGGUGGAAGGGAAAUUUAACCCCCCCUCCCUGUUCCCAGCCCAGCCCAGGGCUGCACAGCAUGCUGGGAUGCUGGGGGACUGUGAUUUAACUUGAAUCAGAAAGGGGUCUGGGACAGAAGUUUCAUAAACCAGUUUGACCCAAAUCGGUUAAAUCUGAUACUACAUUCAACCAGAUUUAUCUUAAACCAGUUUCAGUCAUUUUGAAACUGGUUUAUGUACACUGAACUUCUGUUACUGGUUAAAACCAGUUUCUGAUCACUUAAACUGGUUUAUGUGUAACUUCUGUCCCUAGCCCUGCUCAUCAGAGCUACCAGUGCUUUCCACCCGCUAACUGGCACUAGGACCAGGCUGGAAGAAGGGCUGUGUCUACACAGCAAGUGAUAGGAAGAAUUUACAUACCCAGAGUCCCUGAAGGGUUUGUAUUCCUGUUGCUAAAGUUUGUUCAUUCCCAGCUGCUAUUGUUACCUAUGCCAGCUGGAUUGAGGCAGGCCUUCAUUUUGCUGUGUAACACACCCAGGGAUGAGGCUAGGGUGAAGCUUUCAUGGCCAUGGCAGAGUGAGCAAUUCCUGGCCAUGUUACUGAGAGAGUUUUCCUUAUUUGCCCUCAAGUAUAUAAAUUGGUGAAGUCCCUGGUUCUUCACACCUUUCUAGAAUCCUUGCAAGCCUCAGUGACUGUGAGAAGCCCGUUUCAUCAGUGUCUAGCCAGGCACAUGCACCCUUGUCUUGCAGAUCUGCCCUUAACUUCUCUAAGCUUGUGUGACUUCCAGUUUAGACUAAUGCAAUGUGAUCUUUUUGGGCCUAUGCUUGAGGGCUCCUCAGAAGCUCUACCUGGGGCAAAAUGUUUGGGAUACAUAUAUAAAUAUUAUAUUAAUUCUUAGAUAGUUUUGGUAGCUUCUUUUUGCUUCUGGAUGUAAUUCAAUUAUUGAAUUUGGUCUUGAAAACUCUCUACACCUUGAGUCCCACUCUGUGAAUGGCUGUCUCUGUUGACAUGGUCCAGCAUGGCUGCGGAGAUCAGCUUGGGCAUAGCAGACAGUAGUCUGUAGGUGAGAAUACCCAGGGACUGGUUCUGGGCCAUGACUUAUGUAGCAGCUUCAACUAUGAAAUUUGCUUCUCAUCACUAGUCUAAGAAAGCCCACAUCUAAUGGGCUUUGAUUCUUACUUCAUGUGCAAUAUGAUUUGGAGCAGUGCCUUUGAAGCCACGGCAAGUGAUCAUUCAAGCUGUUUGGGGCAGAUUUGCAAAGGCCUAAAAGUCAGAAGGACAUUUAACUCUGAUUGCAAGUCAGUGGGAGCUGGCCAUCUCCAGUCCUCCCUGUACAUUUGAAUAUCUCCCCCAUUGUCUCUAUGGCUCAAUUCAAGGUUCCUGAGGUGUUUGCCACCUCCCCAAAGGCUGCUGAGACUGCACUUUAACCCAUAGGCAGUCAUUGGCUAUUUAAGGAAUUGUGACAUGCACCUUGAAAGGAAACAUGUUUUUUGCAAGUCUUAAGAAAGAAAGAACUAAUCAAUUAAGUGCCAGAGUCUCUAACACCUGAAGUAAUAUAUUUUUCUUAUUAUGUGUUGAAUGUUUAUAUUUUUAUAUGGCGUAGAUGUUUAUUGAAUAUGCUUACAAAUCUAAAUUUUGUAAUUAUUAAAAUUCAGCAAUGCUCCCUA